AUGCCCACUCUCAAAGCUCGCAUCCUCAGUUGGAUCAUCUGGUGGUGGUUCAAGAGCACUUGGCAAUCCGCAGAGGGCAUCAACAACCGCAUCGCCAAAGAGCGCAAACACCCUGAAAGGGUCCCUCCCAAGCAUCUAUACAAGGAGUUUGCUGUCGAGGAUUACAAGAGGAAAGGCCAUGUCGCUGACUACUCGGUUUACAUAAUCUCUCCAAAGACAGAGACACCUGCCCGUGGUCGCAUCCUCUAUCUCCAUGGCGGAGGCUUCGUCUUUGACAUCACCCCCCAGCAUUGGGAGCUCGUGGCGCAGCUUGCUCGGCGUUUGAAUGCGACUGUCACCGUGCCCUUGUAUCCGCUUGGGCCAGAAACGUCGCUUAUGAAAAUGUACGAGGUUGUGCAGCCACUCCACGAUGAGAUGGCCUCUGCUCCAGAUAAGACGCCUUUCUGGAUCGUGGGUGACUCAGCUGGAGCCACUAUGUCUCUCGUCCUCACCCAGAAUGCAAAGCUGGCGGGUCGUCAGACUGCGCAGCGUCUAGUGCCUAUCACGCCUUGCACUGAUUCCAGCCUCAUCAAUCCUGACUUGCAUAACGCCGCCCUUAAAGACCCAUGGCUCGAUGUCCCAGGAAUUGCAGAGAUCACAAGGCUGAUCUGCCCUGAGAUGAACACGCAACACCCCAACGUCAGCCCCAUCUAUGGAGAUCUGAGGUUACCGGCCAUGCUGGUCUUCGCAGCCGGACUAGAUCUUCUGACGCCUGAUACCCAGAAGAUGGUUGAGAUGGCCAAGAGGGAGGGUACCAAAGUCGAGCUGGUGUAUGGGGAGGGCAUGGUACAUGUCUGGCCAAUUAUGCCCAUCUGGGAGGGUAGACAAGCCGUCGACAAGAUGAUUCAAUUUCUGGGUAUUAGUUGA